CCCCCACAGCACACCAUAGAGCUCGAUCGUCGCCCAGACCUACACUCAGCAGCGCCGCACGCCGCUCAGUUCCGUCCCACCAUUCCUAAUCCAACGAUCUCUGUUGGUUUCGUCAUUUGGACCGAUGGCCGCCAUGAAGGUGGUGCUGAAGCUGGACGUGCACGACGACAGGCAGAAGCAGAAGGCCAUCAAGGUGGUCUCCGCGCUCCAUGGGAUAGACCACAUCGCCGUCGAUAUGAAGGACCAGAAGAUGACGGUCGUCGGUACCGUCGACCCCAUCGCCGUCGUGGCCUUCCCCACGGCGCAGAUCUUCUCCGUCGGCCCGGCCAAGGAGGAGAAGAAGGACGGCGACAAGAACGACGCGGGUAAGCCGGUGGAGUACCCGACGUACUGGUACCCGCCGCCGCCGUACCACCCGCACCUGUACCACCUCGCUCACAGCGCCGAGGAGGACCCCAACUCGUGCGUCAUCUGCUGAUCGACGCGCGCCGCCGAUUCCCGCCAUUGUACACUUUGUAGCUGGCCUUCCUUCCUGCUUGCCGAUCGAUAAGGCUACCUGCACUGGUGAUCAACGGCGUGCGUUAUAUAUAUGGAUGGCCGUGUAAGGCGUGAGUUGCGCCGGUGAUCGGCCAGCUGUACAGCACACCUGCAUGUGCCUGUGCAUCUGCUUAGUUUGUAAUGUACAAAUACAGAAUUAGAAUUACAGUAUGUUGUUCAAAAAGGAAAAUCAUCAAGUUGUUACAAGAAAAGUGUGCAGAGGGACCAGAUAGAAUUGCUGCACUUAUUUUUCAGAUAAAAUUGAUGGAUUGAUCUUCAAUAGUGACAAGAAAAUAAUCAGAUCUGAAUAUAUAGCACAGCUGCUCAUCCAGUUUUCAGUUGAUG